AUGCAUGAAAAAGGAUUUUCGAAUUCUCCCACAAAAUCUCGUAUCGCAAGUUUAACUUCUUGUUGUGUUCUUUUUUUACUGACUUUAAAGGGCUUUAGUGUCUAUCUCUUGAGUAAUGCUUACUCGCUUGCUGUGAAGAACGAAACGAAGGAGAAUGAAAAAGAAAACUUAUUUACAUUCUUUUCCCCAUUCAGGGACUUCAGAUUAUCUCAGUCAAUGGAUAAAAACGCGUGUCAAACUCAAUAA